AUAGCACGUCUGCACCACAACAACAUGCAACCGACAAAUACGUGAUGCACAAACGUCGAGGUUUGUCCCGAGCGCUUACAAUCGAUGUCGAUGAUUUCGAGAACCCGCUAGAAUGACGCCUCGGCGGUUGUCAAUGUACAUGUCUGACACGGCGCUUGGGAGAGGUAGCAAUACAUAUUGUCAACCUAUUAUCCCCCACCGAAUGCUCUUGGGUGCUUCAUCAAACUUCAUGAGACGAGUGUUGCGUGACGAAUUUCCUUGAACGUUCUCCUUCAAUUUCCUUUUUUUGUUCCGCUGCUGGUUCAGUGUUUUUCUUGUACAAUUCUUCAUGUCUAGAUUUUCUAAUACUGUAUAACUAUGUUUCUUAGUCAUUUCUUAAGUCUGUGCUUCAUGACAAGUACCCUAAUAGCGGCAUCGUCGCCUACAACUGCACCCUUUGCACAAAGAUCUCUUCCGGAUGCGCUCCAACAGAUCGUUCCUGCGUGCGCGCAGUCCUGCCUUCAAAAGUCGCUGGCCGACAAUUUUCCUAUAGCAUGUACUGUCCCAGGCAACAUCGGAUGCCUUUGCUCUCAUUAUAGUAGCAGCGGUGAGACACUAGGCGAGGUGGCUUUCAGCUGUGUUUUUAAGUAUUGCGCAUCGGACAAGCAAGAUGAAGCAUCAUCAUACAACAUCUGCUUGGGUAGGGAGGAUGCCGUUCUACCGACCAAGACUGCCUUUACAAUUGUUGUUGGUAGCACAUCCUCGACCAAGACAAUGUCCCCUUCCACGACCAGGUCAUCGUCGGGAUCAGCUAUUACACCUGCAAUCACUUCGAUAGCGCCAACGACACUCCAAACGCAAACAUCCUCAUCUCAACAACCUGUCGUUGUGGACUCGAUCUCGCUCACUCCCUCGGCUACAUCUACGACGUCUUCAACAGCUGCCCCCACGGCAGUCACUGUCGAAGAGUCUCGCAAGAUGACACCUGCGCAGAUUGCUGGGCUGUCUGUAGCUGGGGUAGCUGCUUUCGUGUUCGCCGUUGGGCUUAUGGCACUGAGCGUCUGUCUGCGAAGACGACGAGAACGGAAGUAUGAGCAGCUUAGUGACGAGAAGAGCCAAGGUCAUUCAGAAAAGAGAAGUUCUACGCGUUUUUCGCACUAUGUUCCUUUGGGAAGUGUGCCAGAGCCUCCGAAGCAAUUCUCAUUGCUACCUCCUCCGGCUGCGCAUACAGCAGGCCAGACCACGCGAUCAGAUGGAAGUCCGUUUAAUGGUCGCCCGGCGAAUGGGAUGUCGGUUCGUCCAGUGCAGCGCCUAGGAGUUGGCACCUCUCCCAACUCAUCUGAUUCGUCGUUGCCACUUGACCAGAUUGGACUUGCCAUAAGUGCGGAAAUGGACGGGAAACCCGCAGCUCCUCAGCCAAAGGCGGCCGCGAGACAGCAAAGACCGAAAAGCAUACAAACUGAGCGUGUUAUCCCAUCUCGGCCUUCAAGUACUAUGACUCAGAACACUGUGUUUGAAGAGGAUGAGGUCAUGGCACGCCGUAGGUCUUCUACAUUGCUGCCAACACCGCCAAUUCCCAUUCCACCAAUUCGGAGACUCCAGCCUUCGCGACCGUUGUCGAAGCUGAACACAACCACCCCAGCACCUCAGUUGAACACGCACAGGCGCAAGGCAUCCCGGGGCUCCGAACUCUUCCUCGACCUUCCCAUUCGACAUGAAAGACCCCAGCCGCGAAAUGUAACCGCCAGAAUCAACCCCUCAAACGGCUCCCCAGCACCCCGUCCAACGCCGCAGAUCCGCCUAGCCCCACCCAUGGAAACACACUCCUCCUCGUCAACCAUCCAAACCUCAACCCCAUCCACAAACACACCCGUUUCCGGCACCCCCGGUGACAUCCCCGACUACUACUUCUCAGCCCCCUCCCCCUCCCCACCGCACGCCUCCCCCGCACAAUUCACAAAACCCAAACUCUCGCCCCGAACCGUACAAAUCAAAGCCAAGAAAUCAAUGAGCACCGUCUCGUCCCACGCCUCGACAGCCCGCCUCCGCGACUCCCUCUCCAGCCAAACGAGCUUCGAAUCCGCUGAUCGCGACGACCCCACGCCCGAAGACGAAGACGACGACAAGCAACUCUCCUCUUCAGACGACAACAGCAAUAUCAACAACAUCACUAAAAACACGAACAAACCCAGUAAAAACACAACCCUACCCCCCGUCCCCGAACUAGGCAGCCCCCUCGCAAAACUCCGCUACCCAAAAGUUCCACGCGCAAGCAAUCAAUGCGUGCCCCGCAGCCCAAAGACAACAACAACCCCAACGACGACGAUGCUAGGAAGCGCAAACAGAACAAGAAACAACGACCUCGCUUCUCCCCGCCGCCGCGCACAGAAACAAACCCUCCACCUCCACCUCCAGACGCAACAACCGCACCCGCACAGAAAACACACCCGCUCCUCAAGCGAAACGCACACGCCCUCCUCGCCGCGACAGUACAACCGUACACGUCCCCAGAGCGUCGCGUGGCCGAGUAGUCCUAUCGAGCGCGAACGCGGGACGGUUGUUAAACCGCUGAAUGUCCGCCGGGGAGUGUGGGGCGCUGAGAGGGAGGGGCUGAAGAUUCGGAAUACGCAUAGGGAUGGGGAUGGGGGUGUGAGGGAGGAGGUGGGGAGUCCGGUGUGGGUUCCGCGGUUGACGCCGACGCGGAAGGGGGAUGAUUUGAUGAUUAGUGUUGGGUGGGGGGUUUGA